UUUGGUCGGAAGGACAAGGGCUAAAGGGCUGAACUCGUAUCACGCUCAGUCCACCCUGGAGGCUGUAGGUUUGUGCUCAUUCAAGGUCGCUCAGGAGCAGUCAAGUGUAUUGUGCCCACCUGUGCUGAGCCACCGCCAAGCAGAGCUGAGAAUUCCUCUCUGUCUUCGAGUUCCCCAGGAAGCACAGCAGAUUUCAUUCUGCUGGUUUAUUUCUACAAGAAGCUGCCAAAGCCUGAUCCUGCCAGCUCUGAUCCUCUGCUAGGAUUGCAAUUCACCGACACAGAGAUUGAAGCAAGUUCCCAAGGACAGGAGGAACAAUGCUCCGGGGCCGCUCCCUCUCUGUGACGUCCCUGGGUGGGCUGCCUCAGUGGGAAGUUGAAGAACUGCCCGUGGAUGAUUUACUGCUCUUUGAAGUUUCUUGGGAGGUGACCAAUAAAGUUGGAGGCAUCUGUACUGUGAUUCAGACAAAGGCAAAAAUAACAGCAAAUGAAUGGGGAGACAAUUAUUUUCUGAUAGGCCCGUAUUUUGAGCACAACAUGAAGACUCAGGUGGAACAGUGUGAGCCUACAAACGAUGCUGUGAGAAGAGCAGUGGACACAAUGAAUAAGCAUGGCUGCCAGGUGCAUUUUGGACGAUGGCUGAUCGAAGGGAGUCCUUACGUGGUGCUCUUUGACAUAGGCUACUCAGCCUGGAACCUGGACAGGUGGAAGGGUGAUUUCUGGGAAGCGUGCAGUGUUGGCAUUCCAUAUGAUGACCGAGAAGCCAAUGAUAUGCUGAUAUUUGGAUCUUUAACUGCCUGGUUCCUAAAAGAGGUGACCGAUCACGCAGCCGGUAAGCAUGUCAUUGCCCACUUCCACGAAUGGCAGGCAGGGACCGGACUGAUCCUUUCUCGAGCCCGCAAACUUCCCAUUGCCACGAUGUUUACCACGCAUGCCACGUUGCUUGGUCGCUAUCUCUGUGCAGCAAAUAUUGAUUUCUACAACCAGCUUGAUAAGUUUAACAUAGACAAAGAGGCAGGGGAGAGGCAGAUCUACCACAGGUACUGCAUGGAGCGAGCCGCUGUCCAUUGCGCACACGCGUUCACCACAGUGUCUGAAAUAACAGCAAUAGAAGCAGAACAUAUGCUCAAGAGGAAGCCUGAUGUGAUUACUCCAAAUGGAUUGAAUGUUAAGAAGUUUUCAGCAGUGCACGAGUUUCAAAAUCUCCAUGCCAUGAACAAAGCUAGGAUCCAAGAUUUUGUUCGAGGUCAUUUCUAUGGUCAUCUUGACUUUGACCUUGAAAAGACCUUAUUUUUUUUCAUCGCUGGAAGGUAUGAGUUCUCAAACAAAGGAGCAGACAUCUUCCUAGAAUCCUUAUCCAGGCUAAAUUUCCUGCUGCGGAUGCAUAAGAGUGACGUCACAGUGGUGGUGUUUUUCAUUAUGCCUGCCAAGACAAAUAACUUCAAUGUGGAAACUCUGAAGGGACAGGCAGUGCGUAAACAGCUAUGGGACACUGUACAUUGCAUGAAAGAAAAGUUUGGAAAGAAACUCUAUAAUUCAUUAUUAAGAGGAGAAAUUCCUGACAUGGCUAAUAUUUUGGAUCGCGAUGAUCUAACAAUUAUGAAAAGAGCCAUCUUUUCAACACAGCGGCAGUCUUUGCCCCCGGUCACCACUCACAACAUGAUCGAAGACUCCACCGAUCCCAUCCUUAGCACAAUCAGACGGAUCGGGCUUUUCAACAACCGCCCAGACAGGGUCAAGGUGAUCUUACACCCAGAGUUUCUAUCUUCCACCAGCCCCUUAUUACCCAUGGAUUAUGAAGAGUUCGUGCGAGGUUGUCAUCUUGGAGUAUUUCCAUCUUACUAUGAACCCUGGGGUUAUACCCCAGCCGAGUGCACCGUGAUGGGCAUCCCCAGUGUGACCACAAACCUCUCCGGCUUUGGCUGCUUCAUGCAGGAGCACGUGGCUGACCCGACUGCUUAUGGUAUAUACAUCGUGGACAGGCGGUUCCGUUCUCCAGAUGACUCGUGCAAUCAGCUGACUCAGUUUCUCUAUGGAUUUUGCAAACAGUCACGCCGCCAGAGAAUUAUCCAGAGGAACCGAACAGAGAGGCUGUCAGAUCUUCUGGACUGGAGAUACUUAGGGAGAUAUUACCAGCAUGCCCGGCACUUGACAUUAAGCAGAGCUUUUCCAGAUAAAUUCCACAUGCAACCCACAUCACCACCAACGACGGAGGGGUUUAUGUACCCCAGGCCUUCCUCGGUGCCACCUUCUCCUUUGGGGUCUCAGGCCUCCAGUCCUCAGAGCAGUGAUGUGGAAGAUGAGGAUGAGGAUGAGGAUGAGAGAUACAACGAAGAAGAGGAGGCAGAAAGGGACCGGCUGAAUAUCAAGUCACCAUUGUCUCUGAGGCAGGUUCCUCGUGGGAAGAAAAAGCUGCACGGUGAAUACAAGAACUGAGCUCCACACCUGCUAGGCAGAACUGGUUUCCUAAGAACACAGAAGGGAUGAUUACUGAAGAAAAUGGAUAUGCCAGGGCUUUAAUUUCCUUCUAGUACCACGGAAUUUCUUCUCUGGCUAAAAAGUGGAGGAGAUUCAGCAAAUGGCCAUUUUACUAUUUAGAAUAAGAACCAAAUUAUUUUUCCACCUAUUGUGUUCCCAGUAUAUUUAGGAAUGAAGGAAGGGUGUUAAAGUGGUUAGACCUAAGUAAGUAUUUUGUAGAUGACUAAUUUAAGCAGUAAAAUUGUUUUCUUAUUGGUGUUUAUUUUAAAAUUAUCACCACCAUACUCCUUUGCCUAGGAUUUAGUUUCUAUACCUUACCAAACAAGUCUCCCCUCUCCCCCUAAAGAAUCCUGAUUUUGACUUUGAAUCUGUUCUACUUACAUAUAUUAAAUAAAUAAGUCUGCUGACCUCAUUCUCACAUUAUCAAAGUCAUGAUUUUUUAUCUAGCAUUGUAGAGAACCAAAAUCCCUAAGAAAAUACUUAUUCUAGUUGUGGAUUUUAAUGCAUAUUAAUUCAUAUUUAUAAUAUCACUUCUGCAGUCUAGAAUUCAUGUUCAAAUAAUGAAAGAAAGAUGUUAUCAUCUGUACUAUAUCAUCUACUGCAAUGAUUUUCUAUUUAAACAAUAGAUAAAAAAUUCAUUAAUGUGAAAAAUUGAUUAAUCUUCCAUAGAUGAUAAAUUUUUUUUUUUUGACAGGCAGAGUGGACAGUGAGAGAGACAGAGAGAAAGGUCUUCCUUUGCCGUUGGUUCACCCUCCAAUGGCCGCCGCGGCCAGCGCGCUGCGGCCGGCGCACCGCGCUGAUCCGAUGGCAGGAGCCAGGAGCCAGGUGCUUCUCCUGGUCUCCCAUGGGGUGCAGGGCCCAAGCACCUGGGCCAUCCUCCACUGCACUCCCUGGCCACAGCAGAGAGCUGGCCUGGAAGAGCGGCAACCGGGACUAGAACUGGGUGUGCCGGCGCCGCUAGGCGGAGGAUUAGCCUAGUGAGCCGCGGCGCCAGCCCAUAGAUGAUAAAUUAUUAGACUCAUAUAAAUAUGGCAAUUUUAAAGGUUAACUUUUUAUUGAUAGUUUUUUAAAAAAAUUGUUUGGCAUUAAAAUAUCAUGUAAAGAACCUGUCAAUUAAUAGUGUUUAAUGAAGGUGUUUAAUGAAACUUUAAAAAAAUAGUUAGCAAAAGAUAAAAAAACAUUGGCCGGCGCCGUAGCUCAAUAGGCUAAUCCUCCACCUUGCGGCGCCGGCACACCCGGUUCUAGUCCCGGUCGGGGUGCCGGAUUCUGUCCCGGUUGCCCCUCUUCCAGGCCAGCUCUCUGCUAUGGCCAGGGAGUGCAGUGGAGGAUGGCCCAGGUGCUUGGGCCCUGCACCCCAUGGGAGACCAGGAAAAGCACCUGGAUCCUGGCUCCUGCCAUCGGAUCAGUGCGGUGCGCGGGCUGCAGCGGCGGCCAUUGGAGGGUGAACCAACGGCAAAAGGAAGACCUUUCUCUCUCUGUCUCUCUCUCUCACUGUCCACUCUGCCUGUCAAAAAAAAAAAAAAAAAAAACAAACAAAAAAAACCCAAAAAACAGCAUGUACUUAAUUAUAAUGAUAAUAUCUCUACCUUCUGUGAUGUGCUUACUGACAUAGUUGAAUGAUGGCUAUAUAAUUAAGUAGAUUUACAUUUUAAAUAUAACUAUAUUUAAAUGGCAAAAAAUAAUAAGUGGGCAUUUGGUGCAGCAGUUAAGCUGCUUUGGACGCCCACAUCCCAUUUCCGAGUGUUUGGGUCUGACUUUGGAUACCCACAUCCCAUUUCUGAGUGUUUGGGUUUGACUUUGGACACCCACAUCCCAUUUCUGAGUGUUUGUGUUUGACAUCUGGCUACACUCUGCCUUCCAGCUUCCUGCUGAUGCACCUGGAAGACAGCAGGUGUUGGCUCAAAUACCUGGGCUCCAGCCAACCAUGUGGGAGACCUGGAUUGAGUUUCCAGCUCCUGGCUUCAGCCUGACCCAGUACCAGCACUGGAGAAUUGAACAAACAAAUAGGAAAUCUUUCUCUCUCUGUCCUUUGAAUGCCAAUUAAGCUACCAUUGACAGAGCAGUUUGAAAAAUUGCUCUGAAGAAAAAGAAAAAAAUUCAAGAGUAAGAUGGAUUUAUAUAAAGGAUCUUCAAAAAGUUCAUGGAACAUUGACAACUAUGUAUGGAUUUCAAAAUAUUUUUGCACUAAAGUAAACCCAUCCUUUACUUCCAUUUUUUAUGAACUUUUUGAAUUAUCUUCAUAUUAUGGACUCAUUAGCUGAAAUUGCAUGAGAGUCUCGUUAUAAAAGAGGAUUUCAUUGUUUCAAUAACCAUGGAAAUGUACCCUUAGUAAAAUGUCAUAACCCAGUUAUUCAAAUGAUACUCUUGAUUGGUAAUUGGUUGGUGUAAAACACAGUAAAAUCUUUUUACUAUUCAAUAUAAAACUUUAAAAUUUAAGUGCUUCUUGUCCACUGAAAGAAUAAUGCUAUGAUUAGAAAUGUACAUAGGUAAUACACACAGAAAUUAACUGAGUUGCAAACUCCUGCUUUGGAGCAGCAUGAGUAGGAAUCAGAGUUUCAUCUGGCUUAGUGAUUAAGACACCAGUGUUCCAUACUGGAGUGCUACAUCUCUAUACCUGGUUCUGGCUUCAGACCAAUACAAGGUCUGGGGAGGCAGCACUGAUGGCUCAAGUGAGUGGGUCCCUGCCACCCACAUGGGAGACCUGGAUUGAAUCCCCAGCUUCUGGCUUUGUCCCUGGGUGGGGCGGGGGGGGCCAUUUCACACAUUUGGGGAGUAAACAGGAGUAUGCUCUUCUCUCUGCCUCUCAAAUGAAUAAAAUAAUUAAUUUUUUAAAAAGAUAGGAAGAGAACCAAAAAAACCCCACUAAAAGAGUUGGAAGGUUAUAGCAAGCUGGAGAGGUCUUUGUAAUUAAUAAGUCUGUCUGUCUGGUGGAACGUGAGAAAUUUGAAAACUUGAAACACUUGUAGCUUGUAGCUAUGUUUAAGUAGCUAUAGGUCAGAGCUUUUUAAAGCUCUGUCUUGUAAGAAAAACUUGAGAUUGUUGUGGUUAGUUGUGGAGAGACUUAUUCCAUAUGACAGGUGUUAAAACUGUUCUUGGGACAUACAAAUUAUUUUUAACAUUCAAAUUUGUGUCUGAUGAGCAAAUACUUCAUGGUGAACUGGACAUAAAUCCACUGUAAAAUCAAGUUCUCAUUAAUGACUAUGAUGAUGUCACAUAGAUUGCUUUAAUUAUUUCAUAAGGGGCAGAUAUCAGUGUUACAUUAACUACCAUAGAGUUUCAUUAUCCCAUUAUGAAACAGGAGACAGACAAGCAGGGUUUUGAUUACUUAACAUAUUGAAAUUGCAAUUCCAAGUUACAGAGACAUUCACAUAGAGAUUUUCUUUAGCUACUAAAUAAUAACUAUAUAUUGAUGACAAUAAGAGUUAACAAUACUUUCUAUUUAUGAUAUUAUCAGUAAUGACUCUGAAUUGAUUAGCUUAAAAAUUAACAAGAUGGUCACAUUGUAAUUCCAAAUUAAUAAAUCAUUACUCAUGCUGUAA